AUGGAUAUUGUUAGCAAGGAUGAUGUUGAUCCAGAAAAUAUGUUCUCAGAUUGGCAAUUAAGUGGCAGUAAUCUGACAAAUGCAUCUAACCGAAUUAUCGAUUCGUUCUGUGCUAGUGUUUGGGAUAAUCCUGUUAGUUCAUCAAACUUAGGUUUCUGUGGUACUAAUAUUCAAAUGAAUCCUGGUGCUGCAAUUGGCUUGGAUCCUCUGGGAGCUAGUGUUAAUAGAAUGGUUGCUAUGGGUUGGACUCAACCAAAUGUGAUGUCGAAAGGAGGCACGUUUAUACCCCCUACUACUGGUAUGGUUCCUCAAAGCUUAACUCAAUUGUCAGCUGAUUCAGGUUUUAUUGAGAGGGCUACAAGAUUUUCAUGCUUCAGUGGAGGAAUAGUUGGUGAUAUGAUGAACCCCUUUGCUAUCCCUAAUUCUUCUGAUACGUAUCACAACGGACUGACCUUCGGAGAAUCACAAGAGGUAUUCGCUAGUAACGGAUUACAGUCACCUUCUACUGCAAUCAGUCAAAAGCAACAGAUGAGAAAUGCAGUUGAAAGUUCUGAUCAGGAUGUUUCUUUACCUCUUGAAUAUGAACACACAGAUAGAAGCCCCCUAAAGAAUGAGAAAAAUGUCAAGUCUCAGGAUGAAGCAAAGGAAUGUGUUGGCAUCUCUGAAAAUGAGUCUGAAUGUAGUGGACAUCAAGAAGAAGUGGAGGGUGGGAAUUCUUCUGCUAGGUGCCUUGGCUCAAGGAAAAGGAAAAGAAGUGAUCAGGAUACAGAAUUUGAUCAAAUGAAUGGAGCACAACAACAACCAGCUGAACUGACAAAAGAGCAAAACUUGAAUACCAUUGCCUGCAGGCCUGGUGCAAAAAAUGAGGAUCCACCUAAAGAAGACUACAUACAUAUCCGAGCUCGAAGAGGCCAAGCAACAAAUAGCCAUAGCCUUGCAGAAAGACUAAGGAGGGAGAAGAUCAGCGAACGGAUGAAAUUUCUUCAGGAUCUUGUACCUGGUUGCAACAAGGUCACUGGGAAAGCAGUAAUGCUGGAUGAAAUCAUUAAUUAUGUACAAUCUCUUCAAAGACAGGUUGAGUUCCUCUCAAUGAAGCUUGCGACUAUAAACCUGCGGUUGGAUUUUAAUAUUGAUGCGCUCCUUGCGAAAGAUAUUCUGCUUUCACGAGCGGAUCCUUCAUCCUCACUUGCUUUCGCUCCUGAUCUUACACUGCCGUAUCAGUCCUCACAUCAACUGCAACCAGGCCUGCUUCAGUCAGGUCUUCCUGGUUCGGGAAACUCCACCGAUGCAUUUCUUAAAUCUAUCUAUCCCUAUUUAGCUGUUACGAGUGGUGGCUACAAAGCACAGUUACCUAAUAUAUGGGAUAUCAAUGAACUACAUAAUGUUGUCGAGAUGGGUCUCUGCACGAGUGCACCCCUCCAUAUUCGUGAAGGUUCUUUGCCAUCAGGCCAGAUGAAAGAAGAACCUUGA